GCCCCCAGCCCGGCCGGGGGAGGGGUCGCGGCGUCACGGCGGCGCCGGGCCGAGGAGGGGGCGGGGGAGCCGGGGCUCCGGAGCAAGAUGGCGACGCAAGUGCUGUGCGCCCGAGGAGCAGCCGCGGCCCGAGGCCUCCUGCGGCCGGCCGCCCCCUGCGGCCUCCUGCCCGGACUCCGGACAUUGGCGUCUUCCAGUAACAGACCUCGAGAAGACAGCUGGUUAAAAUCCUUGUUUGUCAGGAAGGUUGAUCCCAGAAAAGAUGCCCACUCUAAUCUCCUAGCCAAAAAGGAGACCAGCAGUCUGUACAAGUUACAGUUUCACAAUGUUAAACCGGAAUGCCUAGAAGAAUACAACAAAAUUUGUCAAGAGGUGUUGCCAAAGAUCCAUGAAGAUAAACAUUACCCUUGCACUUUGGUGGGGACUUGGAACACGUGGUAUGGCGAGCAGGAUCAAGCGGUGCACCUUUGGAGAUACGAGGGAGGCUAUCCAGCCCUCAUGGAGGUCAUGAGCAAACUCAGAGGAAAUCGGGAAUUUGCAGAUUUCCGUAAGGCAAGAAGCAACAUGCUUCUCUCCAGGAGGAAUCAGCUGCUUCUGGAGUUCAGCUUCUGGAAUGAGCCUGUCCCCCGCUCGGGGCCUAACAUCUAUGAACUCAGGUCUUACCAGCUCCGACCAGGAACCAUGAUCGAAUGGGGCAAUUACUGGGCCCGUGCAAUUCGUUUUCGACAAGACAAUAACGAAGCAGUGGGAGGAUUCUUCUCUCAGAUUGGGCAGCUAUACAUGGUUCAUCAUCUUUGGGCUUACAAGGAUCUGCAGAGCCGGGAGGACACGCGGAACGCAGCCUGGCACAAGCACGGCUGGGAGGAGCUGGUGUACUACACAGUCCCGCUCAUCCAGGAGAUGGAGUCGAGAAUCAUGAUCCCGCUGAAGACUUCACCCCUGCAGUAAGCUAGAGACUGUGUGUGCCUGUGCAAACGUGUGUGGCAAGUGUUGGUCCUAAAUUAAUUUAAUCGUGUAUCAAGUGAAACAAGACAUGCUGAAUUAUAAAUGGCUGUACAUAGCUUACAGAGACCUCUUAUCUUGAAAGUUGACAUAAUUGGAGAAAGGAAGCCACGUUGAGCUCCGAGGCCUGAAACACAUGCUAAUUUGUCAAACCAACUGGACGGUAGCCUGCCUUCCCUGCCCUCCAGGAAGAGAGGGUCCAGUCUGAAAUUAGAGUUAUUUCAAAACAAGAUUCCAACCAUGAAAAAAAUCAGCCAUUUCUUUGUAAAAAAAAAGCAAGUGCAUUUCAUAAUGACAGAUUUGGACAAAUUUCUUGUAUCCAGAAGAUAUGCAGAUGUAAUCAUUUCUCCUUUUUCUGAGUCGCAAGCCAGGACCCGUGACAGGUGGACUGGUCCGUGGAUGUGGAGCACCGGCUCCUUUCUAAGCAGCUAGAAUUGGGCGGCGUCCGGGAGGGUGUGUGUAUCCUGCACAUGGGGGAGGAGGCCUGCGCCUGUAUCAUGCGUGAUUUUUGAAAUGAACACCUUGAAUAGCACUGAUUUUUAUUUGUAAUAUUUUUCUAUAAAGCAAGUAGUACUGGGAGAGAGCUUUUAUUUUGUAAAGCAUCACAGUGACCUGAGACCCCUCAGCUUGCUCUGUCAGAAGCUCAGGCCUGCGCUUCCUGAGCGCUUGUGGGGCGGUGCAUGCUGCGCCGGGCCGUGUGUUCUGUGGGCAGUGAUCAUGGGAGCGUCCCCAUAAACUGAAAAACGAAUCUGCCCCAUGAAUUGAACUGAUAUGUAAAAUAAAGUGUGCAGAAAUCUCUCGCCAGAUGUUAAACUUUUA